UACUUCAUCUACGCUACAUUCGAUGAAGCUGAAACCAUAUGCGUCGCUAACGAUGGCCACCUAGCGUCAAUUCACAGUGCUGAGGAAAACGUCUUUGUUGCUGACCUCUCCAAAUCUGGCACGGAAUACAAAAAUGAUAAUGAACUCACAUGGAUUGGAUUGAGACAAGCCAAUUAUCCCCAGGAUACGAAAUGGACAUGGACAGACGGCACUCCUGUAAACUACACAGCUUGGGCUGCUGGGCAACCAGAUAACUACAAAGGAUUGGAACACUGUGCUCAAGUGAGCUGUCCAGCAGUCUUACGAUUCUCUUGGAAAUUGAUCUUUUACAGACCCACAGCGAUUAUAUAG